GGGCACUUGACGUUCUAUAUAAACUGGAGCACACACUUUGACGUCAUCACGAUGCCGGUCAGUGUACUACGAGAUACGUUAGUGCUCUUAGCUCUCGCUGCGUGUGUGCUUGGGGCAACGCUAUUCCCAAGUCGCAAGCUGGAUGAAGAUCUUUUUAGCAGCGAGGAGUUACGCAGCGAGCGUAUCUAUGGGGGAGAGGAUGCCGUCCCAGGGGAGGCUCCAUUCAUCGUGUCGCUGCAGCUACUGCUGGGAGAAAGUCUCUACCACAACUGCGGCGGCAGCAUCAUCACAACGACAGCUGUGCUCACGGCUGCCCACUGCACCUCCGACCUGCAGGUUGUGGCAGUGGCUGGAGCAUACAACAUCAGCAGUAAUUCAAGCACAGAGCAAUACGUUCCGGUGAUAGAACAGAUCGCAUAUCCUGAGUACAAUGACACUGGUAGUCUCGUCGGGCCUUACGAUAUCGCCGUCUUCAGGCUGGAGUACGCCCUGACGCUGGACGCUUACGUGCAGGUUAUUGGCCUACCCAGCGCUGAAUCCAUCCCUGCAGGUGGGUCCGAAGCAACCCUUUGGGGUUGGGGAUACACGGAGACUGGUCGACCCACUGAGAUACUACAGACUGUCAACGUCACUAUCUAUGACUAUGGAACUUGCCUGGAAUACCUUCAAUACAUGAAUGUGACAUCGUUUGUGCUCACAGAAGCCAUUUUGUGUACAGGACCUUUCGAUGAAGGCAUUUCCAUGUGUGCGGGCGACGAUGGAGGCCCACUGGAGCAGGACGGAGUGCUGGUCGGAAUCGUCUCCUUCUCGCCGACGUCGUGCUCCACGAAAGGCGGAGCCGCAGUCUACACGAGGGUCUCCGCCUACAUGGACUUCAUCAACGAAAAUAUUUAAGCGAUCACUACGCCUGUCUACAAGAGGCUACUAGUGACGAUGUCUGAGGUUUUCAGUUUUCUCCCACUCUACGAAUUCUUACCGAGUACAGAAUCAUAUAUGGAGCAUAAAAUUGUAUAACUUGUAAUUUUGAUUGGGAAAGAAGACACUGCACACCUUGAAAUCAACAUAAUGAGAGGUACUAUACUA